CCGCCGGUGGAAGCAGGAAGUAACCUGCUGCACUUCACUUCUCUCCUCACUGAAAUUACGGAGAUAUCAGAGUUUUCAGAGGGCUGGCACACGGAACCUUCCGAUAUGUUAUAAUAAUCGUUUAUCACACAAAAGUAGGACCGAAGACAGGCUGUCGCACCUUGCUAACAGCUAACGCUGAACUUGUGUGAGCGCACGGCCGCGGUUGUUGGCUCGCUGCCUGCAGUGGUGUUGUACAUAAGACCCCGGAAGAAGCGCGUCGGCCGGAUCGCGAUGGACGUCCCGCAGCUGACGGAGGACGAAAUGGCGGAGAUAAAGAAGGAGGUCCUUGAGAGACUGCGGCCGUAUCUCUGUGAUAAAAUCAUUGCGGAUCGGCACUUUGAUUACCUGAGAUCCAGAAAGAUCCUGUCUAGAGAGGACACAGAAGAGAUCAGCUGCAGAUCCACUCACAGGAAGCGUACCGGGAAGCUGCUGGACUACCUGGCUGAGAACCCGCGCGGCCUGGACACCCUCAUCGAGUCCAUCCAGCUCAGCCGAUCCUCCAACUUCAUCAUCACCAAAAUCACCGACGAGGUGCAGAAAGUGAAAAACGAGAGAAUCGAGUCCUUAAAAGCUGGCGCAUCCUGUAGUGGAUACCUGCCAACAAAGUGCAUGGGGGCGACAAACGACCUGUCCAGGACGUUCUCCAAUGAGUCCAACUACACGAAGGCGUGUAACUCCACCCUGCUGUACCACCCGGAGAGCGAGUGGAGCUCCAGCGCAGGGGACAUGCUGAACCUGCCCUGCGUGUCCAGCUCGGAGCGGGACCUGCUGGACAGCGCCAGCGUAGCCCCGUCCUCGGCGUCUGGCCUGCCCAAACCCGGCGACCCCGGGGCCCCUCAGCUGCCGGGGGAGCUGCAGGCUGAGCCCGAGGAGCCCAGCAGCAGCGGCAGCAGCAACCCCAACUUCCAGCCUCUGCGAUCCCGCUCGAUGACCCCCCCACACCGGAGCCUGCAGUCACCCUACUCCCACUGCCCCCCCCACUCCCACUGA